UUAGCAUUACAAGUUUCUAAAAUCACAAAAAUGAAACAUGCCAAAUUUCUUUCACUUGCUCCCAUCAUGACAACAAAAUGCUCAUUGUUGCUCCUUUGUGUUGCAUUUUCUCUUGCAAAUUGCCAAGAUCCUAAUGCAGGUUUACUCUGCAUAAGUGAUUGUACUACAUGUCCUGUUAUUUGUUCUCCACCACCUUCCCCUACCAAAUCCAAGCCACCACCCUCACCCUCACCAUCAACAUCACUACUACAAACACCACCCCCACCCCCACCACUCUUCGCCCCACUCCGUCCCUCACCACCUCAGUCUUCCUCACAUUCACCAUCACAACCUUCCGCGUCGCAUAAAUCUCCUCCACCAUCUUACAUGAUAUAUACUGGUGCUCCUCCUCCUUCUCGUCCUUCUAAUUGUCCUACACCUCCUAAUUCUCCCAAUGUUAUACCAGCAAGUCAGGUGCCACCGGCCGUCAUUGGACAGAACACUUAUCCUUACUACUAUUAUUUUUCUUCAGCGGCAGCUUCUCUUUCACUUCAUGGCUCCAUUGUUCUGGGACUUUGGGUGGUCUUCCAUUUCAUCUGCAUUUGUUUGUGAAAAGAGGACCAGGGGAUUCUUGAAAAUCAAAAUGUUAUCUGUAUAUUUUGCAUUCUAGGGAUUAGAAAGAACAAUGGUUUUUUUUCUUAACUGAUAUCAUAAUUGUAUUUAGUAUGCCAUAUUUUUCAAUCCAUCUACUAGUUUC